GUCCCGGCGGGUCCGAGCUGCGCCUGGGGCCAAAUCCUGCCCCGAGCGGUGCCGGAGCACACACGGGAUCCACCGGCCAGACCGGCCGUGCUCCCUCCUGCCCCGACGGAGAAGCACUGUCCCGGUGCCCGAGGUAGGUGCUGGGACCUCAGCCCUGUCCCCGGUGCCGUCCCCGGUGCCGUGGUGCCGUCCCCGGUGCCAUCCCGGUGCCGCGGGAGGGCUGCCGUCCCUUCUCCUCGCAGGCUCGGUGGACACAGCGGGCUCCCCAGCAGUGGGUGACAGCGCGGGACCCCCGGGGGACUGCUGGAGGAGAUGCCGAGGUGCCAUCAGGAGCUGGUCUGUGGGGACGGGGUGGACAAAGCCCCAUCGGGGGUAGAGCUGCGGCGGGACCCCAGGAAGGAUGCCUGCAGCACCGCUCCAAGCCGGGAUUUCCCAGUAAACGUUUGGGAAGGGGAUGCCGCAGCUUCUGGCUUCCUCCCGGUCCCCCCCAGCACCUCCAUCUAAUUGCCCGUCUCCGAGGGGGACGCGAGGGGUCUCCUCUUGCACGGGAUGGAGAGGAGCCAUCCCAGGGAGCAGCGGGACCGUUCCCGGAUGGCAGGGCGAAGGAGGCUGCGUUAGCGCGGGGCUCUGCGGCGCCAGGGAGAGGACUCCAAAACUCUUGUCCGUGCGACUUGGUUGUCGUCCCUUGUUAUCUGUGGCUGAUGAUCUGCGCGGGCGCGAGCCGUGCUGUAGCUCCCAGCAUCCUUCAGCCGGCGCAUUUAAGGCCGAGCGCGCGGGGAGGCCGGGGCAGAGGAACGCUCGCCGCAGAGACGCCCGCAGCCCACGGCUCCGCCUGCCCGGGGAGAUGCUGCCCGCCACCUCCAAGCUCUGCGCCGCCAUCUCCUACCGGCACCUGCGCAACAUGACCGGUCUGAGAAGACAAGCGGCCGUGGCCAUCAGCCAGGAGCUGAGCAAGCUCGCCCACCGCAGCGCGGGACCCAGCGCCUGGAUUAACCAGGUCCGCAGAAGAAGCUCUUUGCUCAGCUCCAGGCUGGAGGAGACGCCCUUCAGCGAGAUGGAAAUGUCGUACAUCAAGCAGGGAGAGGAAGCCCUCCAGAAAUCGCUCAGCAUCCUCGGGAACCUGGACGGCUGGAAGACAGAGACGGUGGUGGGUAACGGAGACAAAGUGCUGAGCAAGGUGCUGCCGGACGUGGGCAAGGUGUUCCGGCUGGAGGUGGUGGUGGACCAGCCCCUGGACAUGGUCUACAGCGAGCUGGUGGACAACAUGGAGCAGAUGGGGGACUGGAACCCCAACGUCAAAGAAAUCAAGAUUCUCCAGAAGAUCGGAAAGGACACGGUGAUCACCCAUGAGAAGGCAGCCGCUACCCCCGGUAACAUCGUGGGACCCCGGGACUUUGUGAGCGUCCGAUGCGCCAAGAGACGCGGCUCCACCUGCGUCCUGGCCGGCAUGUCCACCAAAUACGGAGCUAUGCCAGAACAGGAGGGAUUCAUAAGAGCUGAGAACGGGCCCACCUGCAUGGUCCUGCGCCCGCUGGCCGGCAGCCCCUCGCAGACCAAGCUCACCUGGCUUCUCAGCAUCGACCUGAAGGGCUGGCUGCCGAAGACCAUCAUCAACCAGGUUCUGUCCCAGACGCAGGUGGACUUUGCCAACCACCUCCGGCGGCGCCUGGCCCGGACGGUGGCCGCGGGCUGCUGACGGCAGCCCCGCGUUGGGGUGCUUUGUUCAGGGUGCAGUAGGGAAUCUUGUAAUGGGGUAAGUCAGACACAAAUUAGUUACAGCCUGUGCUAAUUAGACAAGGCCUUUAAUAGUGGACACCACUAAUUAAUGCAUAGUUUCAAUAAAUAAAAACACAAAGCUUUAUUUAUUGAAACUUGGUUAGUUAGGGAGGGCGCAGGGGCCAGCACAUGCUCAUCGUGCAAAUGCAGGACCAAAAAUUUGAGCUAAGUCCUGCCUUUGCUCCACUGAGCAUGUGCUGGCCCAGUCAGGCCCCUGCAACCUCCCUAACUGAUUAGUUUCAAUCAAUAAAUAAGGCUUUAAUUAGUGGUGUCUGCUAUUAAGGGCCUUGGCUAAUUAGUUAUUAGGGAGGUCCCAGAGAGCUGACGGGGAAGGCAGGAGGGCCAGCACACACUCAAAUUUUAUUCCCCUCCUUCCCCCAAAACACAAACACACCACUCACUCACUUACCUAAAAAUUUUAUUCCCUUCUCCCCCCACUGAAGCAGCUCUAAUUUAUUUUUCCUCUACAGACACACACACAGUGUCCAAUUAUUUAUUCAUUCAAAGCUCUGCGGUGACGAUCGUUGUAUAACUCAACUCGUCAAUGCAGCGAGAUCUUCAGCUCAGGAGAUCCCUCAAGCGUGACCACCUUGAGUUUAAGUGUAGCUACUUUGAGGUUAAAUCUCAUUCAUAACAAGUCACAAGAAAAAAAAAAAAAACCACCAAAAGUAAGAGUUAAAGCCUUUAUUUUUAAACUGGUU